AUGUACAACUUACAAGCAUGGUGUUACGAAUCGCAUCAACACGAUGGUUUGAUCAAAGGGUGGCUAAAUCAUAUACUUUACUUUCUGGUGACAAAUCCCAUGGACGUGGAAGUGAUAUUAAAGACAUGCUUAGAAAAAGAUGAUUUACAUAGGUUUCUUAGAAAGGUUCUUGGCAAUGGCAGCGUAUUUGCACCAGUUCCCAUAUGGAGGCGACGCCGUAAAAUUUUAAUACCUGUGUUUACUCCCAAAAAUAUAGACCAAUUUGUCACAGUAUUUUCUGAGAACAGUCAGAAAUUGGUGAAAAAGUUAGUUAGCCGUCAAGGUAAAGGAAAAUUUAGCAUUUGGCCGUAUAUGUCUGCUUACACGUUGGAUUCAGUAGGUGAAACUGCGUUAGGUGUGAAAAUAAACUCCCAAGAUGAUUCAAAUUCUUCUUUUCUGACGUCAAUGAAUAUAAUCCUUGACCUCGUGUGUGAAAGAAUUUUUCAUUUGUGGUUGCAACCAGAUUGGCUGUUUAAACUUUUUCCACAGUACAAGUUGCAUCAAAAGUCUAUAAAAGUUCUGCACGAUUUUACAGACGAAGUCAUCGUAAAGAAGCGUGCUGAAAUAAGUCAAUAUAAAAAACUCCAACCUGAAGCUGACAAUCAUUAUAGUACGUAU